UACUUGAAAGCCAAGAAGGCAAGGACCUUCCGAGAUGCCCAUCGCACAAGAAAAGGACAAAAUGGCCAUAUAAGUUAGGCCUGUGGAACUGAACUCCAUUCAUCUAUCUCCCCAUGACCCAACUACUUUUCUGUUCUUAUUUAUUUUACAGCGUUAGAUUUCCAGCAAACAUGAUACGUGUGAAAACGUGCAUUUAUUAAUGCUGCAAUGAUGCCCAAAUCAGUAUCUUUCUUUCUCUCUCCCGGUUUUGGAGCACUGCGCUUCUUUUCCGGCUAUUGGUGAUCUCAGAACUCUUCUUGAGCUGAAAUCCUGGUGUUUGGGAGCCUAGUAUUGGAAGCACAGGUUCAAGGGCUUCAAACCUCUAGUACUUCUUGUUUCAAGCUUUCAACCCUGGUUUGCUCUUGAGAUCUUUCCUGCUCUCUUUUUUCCCUUGUUUCGGUUAUCUUCUUGGUACCGAAAAGAUGGAACAAUACGAUUGUUGUUAUAGUUUUCCUUUUCUUACUUCGGUAAGGGUUAUGAUGCAGAGGAAAAGAUAAAAUCUUUGAUUUUAACAUACGCUGAUACAUCUUACACCUAUGGCUUUAUCUUGGUAGAAAGGAAGGACAUCUUCCGGAUUUUUCAUGAUGGAGGCUUCUUAUUAUGGGGUUUUGUAGUGGAAACCAUUGUGUAAGACCUGGUUGAUAUGAUAUGGCAACUGAUAUUGGUCAAACUUAUAAUGGAUGGUCGCAUGAUAAAUUGUCGGACCAUGAUGACUCUCAGGAAGUUUCAAUUUCCCAAAUGCUUGAUCAUGGUUCAAUAUCCUUUGGAAGAUUUGCAGUUGAAUCAUUGUCAUGGGAAAGAAGGUCGGUGUUUACUUGCGAUAGACGACAAGAGGAGCUGGAGAAAUUCAGAGCUCCUGGUUUAGUUGCCCAAAAGAAGGCAUACUUUGAAGAGUAUUACCAAAGGAUUCGAGCUAUGAAGGCUUCGCAGGAGAAUCAGCAAACUGAACUCCCAUCAGAUCAUGGUGGUGAUGAUAGUAUUUCUAGCCAAACAGGAGAGGAAGAUGAAACAGCUACACAACUUGAAAGUGUCAGAAAUGGGGUAGCAAAUGCUAACAAUGCUUGCUUAAAAAAUGCUGCAGUUGGAGUUGCCUCGGAAAAAGGGAAAAGCUUCAAUGAAACUCUUCAAUUAAAGGACUUGAACCAGGAGAUUGUGACACCAUCAGAAAAAAGCUUGGAAGAGAUUGAAGAGGAAAAGAACUCAGACUAUGCUCAUCAGAUGCGGACCUGGGAUACAGAAUCCUCAGUACAUGUAUCGCUGGUAAAAAGCAAAGAAGAAAUUGGUCAGCAUGAUCUCAGUGGACUUGAUGAUGGAGGGAUUUCAACAAAAUAUGACAAUUCAGCAUGUGAUGCCAUGACUGUGGCAGCUUCCCAAAGGACAGCAUUAUUUUCUGUAGAUUCUAAUCCAGAGAAUUCAGAGCAUUGGCUGGUUGACAACACUACUGUAGGGAAAAUGAAGUCAGGUACUAAGAGGCAUAUGGAGAAACAUGUAUCAGUUCCAAAGGUCAAGAAGGGGCCUGCUGCCUUGGUGAGAAAUGGCCUAGAGUUGGACUGCAAAAGCAAAUCAGAAACAAAUUCAACUCGAAGGCCAAAAUAUCUAUCUCAGGGGAUGAUCAGCAGGACAGAUAACGGCAUAUUUUCAAGCAAGACUCAUGCUGAUAGAGUCUCAAGCAACUGCCGAUCUACCUCUGUUGUUUCCCACAGACAACUUACAGAAGUGCGUUUUAGCGUUACAGUACCUCGCCCUUUUUCUUUUGCUACUGAAAAACGAGCUGCCAGCCCUUCUGGCAUUAGAGAAGGUACACGAAGAUUGGAUCCCAAAACCUCAAACAAGUCAGCACCAUCAUUAAAUCAUGCAAAUUUUGCAAAUGUUCAGGUUACUUCAAAGAAAUCAGCCACAACUACUAGUGUGAAAAGUAGAGGAUCAGAAAACAAAAGAGGCUUUGGAGAAGUCAGAAGAAUGCCUUUAGCAUCAGAGAGCAAAAAUACCAUUCCUAGGGGAGGAGGUAUUACCAUGCUUGGACCACCAAAGGCAAGGUCCAUUAACCUUCCUGCUCGAGACAAGUCUGAUCCAAAUGGUGGAACUGUCUCCGGAUCCAUAGAUGCUGUCAGACAAAAUAAAAAGAAAGAGGGGAAAUUUGUAACGAGGUGCAUGCCAGAGGUUCAUGGUGUCAGUACAAAAAGUUUUGCCCCCCAUCUGACUGGAAAUCUGAGGAGAGAAAGUAAAAAGAUGAUCCAAUCAUCUCAGACGGGUAACCUGUUGGUUAAUGGACGGAAGCCACAAUUUAGUGAUCUGUCACUUGAUGGGAGAAGGCCAAGGCAAACGAUGCCCCGAUGGCGGUGACGGAGGUGGAACUCAAGUCUCAGGAUGAUUUGCGUGAAGGCAUUUGUGUCCCAACGAUAUAAGCAGCAUGUACAAAAGCGUUUCAAUCUCUUGCCUGUUGGUGUUGAUAUAUAUAUAUAUAUAUAUGGGAAAUAUCAAAUAUGUCAUGCGAAUAUGUAGUUCUGCACUGAUGUUCUCCUUGAUUACUAAAGUUGCUGCAUUCAAGCGGUAGACGUGGGUAGUGAUGUGACCUCUGUUGUUCCACGCGUAUCUUUAGUGGUGGCACAUUAUAGUGGUCGUGAAGGGAUCAUUUUCCAGUUCAACUCA